CAGCCCCUCUCUGUCCUAUUCAUAACCCCCGGGGUGCCAAGUGAGAUUGCCUCCACAUACCAAAGUGUGACGUUACUCUUGGAGACAUAAGAAAAUAAAGGUCAUCGAAGAAGACAGAAUGAUGUCUUUAAUCCUUGUGGCUCUGCUCUGCUGCUGCUGGACAACACAAGCAGAGAUCUUCACUUCCAUAAGCCAGAUGACGGACCUGAUCUACACAGAAAAAGAGUUGGUCCAGUCUCUGAGGGAAUACAUAAAAGCAGAGGAGUCCAAGCUUGCUACUGUCAAAAGCUGGGCCAACAAACUCGAUGCUCUGACCAGAGUGUCCACCUCUGACCCAGAGGGCUACCUGGCCCACCCAGUAAACGCCUACAAACUGAUGAAGAGACUCAACACAGAGUGGUCUGAACUGGAGACACUGGUGCUCCAGAAUCCCUCUGACGGGUUCAUUUCCAACAUGUCCAUACACAGGCAGUUCUUCCCAGAUGAAGAGGAUGAGACCGGAGCAGCCAGGGCGUUGAUGCGUCUUCAGGACACGUACCAACUGGAUUCUGAGGCCUUCUCCAAAGGAAAGCUGCCAGGUAUUCACUCCAAUGCCAUACUGACAGUGGACGACUGCUUCGACAUGGGAAAGACGGCCUAUAAUGAUGCGGACUAUUACCAUGCUGUGCUGUGGCUGCAGCAGGCCCUGAAGCAGCUGGAUGGUGGCGAGGAAACUGAGGUUUCCAAGGCAGACAUUUUGGACUACCUCAGCUACUCAGUUUACCAAAUGGGAGACCUACCUCGUGCCAUUGAGCUGACACGCCGUCUAGUGGCUAUUGACCCCAGCCACCAGAGGGCAGGAGGAAACCUGCGUUAUUUUGAGCGGCUGCUGUCCAAGCAGCUCAAUGAGCUGAAGCAGGAGUACGAGCCUGCCUCUGAAGAGCCCAUCCAGCUGGGAACCUACCGCAGACCUAAAGACCAUCUCCCAGAGAGGGAAGCCUAUGAGGCUCUCUGCAGAGGAGAGGGAAUCCAAAUGCACGAGGCAAGGCGCAGCCGUUUGUCCUGUCGCUACCAGGAUGGUAACAGGAACCCUCGUCUCCUGCUGAGGCCCAUCAAAGAGGAGGAUGAAUGGGACAGCCCCCACAUCGUACGCUACCUGGACGUGCUGUCACACAUGGAGAUUGAGAAGAUUAAGGAGCUGGCAAAACCCAGGCUCGCCAGAGCCACUGUGCGUGACCCCAAAACAGGUGUCCUGACCACAGCCAACUACAGAGUAUCAAAAAGUGCAUGGUUGGAAGGAGAGGACGACCCUGUGAUUGACAGAGUCAAUCAGAGAAUACAAGACAUCACAGGCCUUACAGUGGACACUGCAGAGUUACUACAGGUCGCUAACUAUGGAGUUGGAGGACAGUACGAGCCACAUUAUGACUUCUCAAGGCGUCCUUUUGACAGCAACUUGAAGAGCGACGGAAAUAGACUUGCCACCUUCCUAAACUACAAAGAUGAACCUGAUGCUUUCAAAAGAUUAGGCACUGGAAAUCGCUUGGCGACUUUUUUGAACUACAUGAGUGAUGUCGAGGCAGGAGGUGCCACAGUCUUCCCUGACUUUGGAGCAGCGAUUUGGCCAAGAAAGGGGACGGCAGUUUUCUGGUACAAUCUCUUCAAGAGUGGGGAGGGAGACUAUAGGACCAGGCACGCAGCCUGUCCUGUCUUAGUAGGAAGUAAAUGGGUGUCAAACAAGUGGAUUCACGAGCGAGGACAAGAGUUCAGAAGACCCUGUGGCCUGACAGAGGUGGACUGAAGUUUGACUCACUCCUAAGGAAUGUGCAAGAACACUCGCAUACAUACAUACACAUACAGCCACAACAGUGCCUUAACUAUGGCAACAAUGCAACUCAGAGACACACACUUAAACACUUAUCACUUACCCAACUUAUCAACAUGAUAAAGGAAAAAAAAUCAGGAGGAAACUGUGACACUGUUAUGUAUUUUAUGGCUGGAUAAUUUUUUAAGUGUUUUUUUAUUAUUUUUUUUUACCAGAAGAUACAGAGCUCAGUUCUCUGUCAUGCAUUCCCACACCACCCCCACUCAAUUAAAUAUGUGAAUUAAGAUGAGAAAUUAUUAAAAAUGUAAAUAGAAUUUACCAAUGAACUUUUAAAAAGUGAAACUAUGUCAGUGUAAUCUUGGUUUGCCAGUAUAUCCCCAUUUAAUAGUCACUAAAAUCAGAUUUUAAAUUAAGUUACUGGUUGAUCCAAAUGUCUGAGUCCUCUGCCAAAUCUUUUCCCCCCCCUCUGAUACCAAAAACUAAUACCUGUGUGUUCGUGCUGUCAGUGCCCCAGACUGCUCCACUAAGCUUUUUCUCUUCACACUUUAAAGAGACUUAACUUUUUCAAAGUAAAAGCUUUAGUGGUGUUACAGAUAAGACCUUAUUGAUUUAGCUAAUAUCUGUUACAUACAGGAGAUGUGACGAAAACUUUACCAUACCAAAUGACGUGCAUGAGCAGAUUAAUCUGAUUUAUUUCAAGGUUGUAUGCACAUUUCUUAAAGAGAAAGAAAGAAAAGUUGUAUUCAUUUUUGAUAAAUAUUGUCAUUCAAUAUUUUUUUUUUUAUUUUAAAUAAUAGUAGGGUGGUACAUUACAAAAACCCACAAUUAAGACAAGCGUAAUAGCAGCCACAAAGUAAGAAUAAACACAAACACAUGAAAAUAAAAACCAGUGGACAACCAGCAGAAUUUGGGAAGUGUUGUCUUUUAUAUACUUAUUUUGUUAUAUUUGAUACCUCCAUACUUGUGACUCUUGACUCAUUGAUAUUGGGGCCCAGUCUCUUAAAAACCUCCAGGUUUCCUCUCAGCACAUGUGACAGUCUCUACAAUUGUAAAAUGGACAUAAGUUUUACAUACCACAUUGUAACGUGAGGGGGCUCUUCAUCCAACCAUUUUGUAAAAUUGUAAUGGAUGCAGCAUACAAAGCUAUUCUAAGGAUAUAUCUGUACCUACGUUUAUAGCUGUAAUCUAAUCCCAGUGCAAAAUGAUGAUGGAUUUAGAGGCAUAUCAAUCCAAAAUAUUUUAUUAAUCUCUCUCGACUAACAGCCAGAAACUGACAAUUUUAAGGCACGACCACGACAUGAUCAUCAGUGCCACAGCUAUUUCUACAUUUCCAACAUGGAUCAUAUUUACAUUGGACAGCUUUUGAUUUAAAAAAAAAAA